AUGGAUAAUGGAUAUGGAUUCCAGUCAAAGGGGUCAUCUGAACUUCGACUAAAAAAUGGUACUCAUGAAGGAGUUUGCAUAGUAUACCCUGAUACAAGACGUGUCACUAACAAUACUAGCCGUCCGACGGACCAGUUUAGACGUGCUGCUAACAAAAAUACGAUGUUUACUAUAUUGUUAUUGUUGGCUAUGCUACACACCGGAUUAUCGGCCAUCGGUGGAUACGAAGAAGUGGACAAAAAUUUGCUUAUGAAACUAGGUUUAAGCCAAAGACCUGCGGUAGAUGAAAACAUAAAGAUACCGUCUGUCGCUAUGGAUCUGUUUAAUUCAACAUCAGCACAAAAAAUGACAACACAUUUUCCUCUGUCUGGGCCGGCUCCAAUUAAAGCAAAGUCUAAGAAAUAUAGACUACAGUUCGAUAUAGAUUCGAUACCGAAACAAUACCGGGUUAAAGCUGCUGAAGUUCAUUUUACAAUGAAAUACGAUCAAAUACUACGGAAUGGAGAGAUAAUUCAUGUGGUUUUACAUGAUAUAGUAAAACCUGGCGUGAAGGGCCUAUCAAAACCUAUUCUCAGAAUUGUCGGUUCAAAAUCGAUUAAUGUAUCAACAAUUUCGGAGACCGAAAGUUUUGAUGUUACACCAUUUAUAGAAAGACUGUCGAAGAACAAUUUCAAAGAAAACCAUGGUAUGCUAGUACAAUGCGUCACGGAGUCUGGUAGUCACACACAUUUGCUGAGCGUGUUUGAUUUUGUAUCACCUGACAAUACAUUACUAUUUAUCUACACCGAUGACGGAACAAGCCAGAAGAGCACGCCGGAACAGAUGACGCGACGGAGGAAAAGAUCGGUUGACCCUCUGACAGUACCGCAUAGUAAUGCGGAAAGGAAGGUCAAGAUCUGCCAGCGGUAUCCGAUGUACGUAGAUUUCAAGGAGAUCGGGUUCGACAGUUGGAUCGAGGCACCGGGUGGGUACAACGCGUUCUACUGUGAGGGAGUGUGUAAGUUCCCGUUGGCGAGUCACCUCAACGCGUCCAACCACGCGGUAGCGCAGGCGCGGUUAAACGCAAUCAAUUCGGCAUUAGUUCCCCUCGCGUGCUGCGUUCCGACCAAGCUCAGUACGCAGUCGUUGCUUUACAAAGACGACGAUGGAAGGUUGGUGAUGAAAACCUUCCAAGGGAUGACCGUGGACGAAUGCGGAUGUAGAUGAGAGCAUGCAACGGCGAUGGUAUUGAGUGGAAGUUAUUAGAUUAUAUUGUCUUAGCUAUAUAGUCAAAUCAGGUAUUUUAUUAUAAAUGUCUAGGCAAAUAUUCGGAGAAUUUAAUUUGUAUGCGAUUUUACUAACCGCCGGGACAAAUGCCUAGUUAUUUAAAUAAAUGCCCGGACGUUCAACUAAAUGCCUAUUUCAA